AUGGCCAGACCAGCACCAGUACUCAGAAACGUUGCUCGUGCCGGAAAGAACUUGGGAUACACACAGAAAAGGAGCAUGUCAACAGGCGUAGACGGUCCGCUCAAGGAUCCAGUCAUAGAGGAGUCCGAAUCUAGCGACGUCUCUCCAGCGGCGUCGCCGCGGAUCCAACCGGCGUCGCAAAGAUGGCUGUCCUACUAUUACAGCUUCCCGCGGAUCCCGAGACCUAAGAGAAGCGUGUUGUACUACUCGACCUGGUCGGGCGGCGCGUCUUCCAAAUUCAAAACGUUAAAGACGCGUAUCAGCACGCUCUCCAAGUCGAAACGGAAGAUGUAUGUGCCGUUCUCGCUGUCUGCGCGCAACUUGAACCGCAAGUUCCGCGGUCGCUUCUUCUUCUCAACCAGUGCCCAUAACGAGAACAGCGACAAGGUCCCCAGAAGCCGCCGUCAGUUGAUCAAGUGGUGGACAUUGUCCUCUUUGUCGAUCAUCUUGACCUCUGCUGGUGUGGUGGCAUCCCGCAACCGCGACACCACCACGGAUGAAAACCAGAACGCCUCGAGCAGCAUCUCGCCACAGUCCUGGAAGUUCUACGCGUACUCCACCUUGCCGCUCAAGGGGAUUUCGCGUUUGUGGGGACUGGUGAACAGCCUUACGCUUCCUGUCUGGUUGAGGGCGCCAUCCUACAAGUUCUACUCUUACUGUUUCGGGGUAAACUUGAACGAGAUGGAAGACACCAAUUUGCGGGAGUUCAAGAACUUGGGCGAGUUUUUUUACCGCCGCUUGAAACCGGGUGUGCGCACCAUCGGCGACUCGGACUUGGUUUCGCCGGCCGACGGGAAGGUGUUGAAGUUUGGGAUCAUCAACAACGGUGAGAUCGAGCAGGUCAAGGGCAUGACGUACUCCGUGGACGCGCUUUUGGGCACCAACGACAGUGUCAGGGCCAAGUUGGCCGCUCCUUCGCAUGCCAUCGACUUCAACCACCCACAGGAGACCGAGGUCUUUGCCAGGCACAAGGAUUUUGCCGAGUUGAACGGGAUUCUGUACACCUUGGACGAUCUCAUCGGUGGCGGGAACAACGACGACGCCAACAUCAACCACCACCACCGCUUCAAGUACGAAGACAAGGGCGACAAGACCGCGUUGGGCGACGUGGACUCCUUGAAUCAGAGGAGAAAGGAGUCCACCGUGGCGCGCGACUUGGUGGACGAAGCGGAGCCUACUCACAAGUCGUUGAAGAAGUCGGGCAAUAAGGACACUGAGAUGUUCUUUGCGGUUAUCUACUUGGCUCCAGGCGACUACCACAGAUACCACUCGCCGGCCAACUGGGUCACCACCUUGAGAAGACACUUUAUUGGGGAGUUGUUCAGUGUGGCGCCUUACUUCCAAAAGACAUUGAACGGCUUGUUUGUGCUCAAUGAAAGAGUUGCCUUAUUGGGCUACUGGAAGUACGGUUUCUUCAGCAUGAUCCCCGUCGGGGCCACCAAUGUGGGAAGCAUCAUUGUCAACUUCGACAAGGACUUGAAGACCAACGACAUCUACGAGCACGAAGUGUACUCAAAGUCUGAGUUGGUGUUGAGUAAGGGCGACGAUUCUUACCCGUCUACUACUUCUUCCACCGCCUCCUCCUCUACGUCUUUGUCCUCGAUGAACACCACCACCGACUCCGAGGUCUCUGAAAGCACGUCGUUGUUGGGAAAGAGCGCCAGGCAGAGACGCAAGAGAUUGUCCAAAAACACCGUCUACGAGGCCACUUAUACCCAAGCCUCCGAGCUCUUAGGCGGAGUUCCGUUGGUCAAGGGCCAGGAAGUUGGUGGGUUCAAGUUGGGCUCCACGGUGGUGUUGGUUUUUGAGGCUCCAAAGAGCUUCAAAUUUAACAUUACCAACGGCCAGAAGAUUAAGAUGGGGGAGUCUAUCGGCGAAAUUUGA